AGGUGGAAGUGUUACAAACGGUGUCAUUCACAAAGUAACAAGAAUACAUUACAAUAGUGAUAAAGAAUGCAAUUAAUUUAAAAUAGUAUUUAGAUGAUUUUCCAGACAAUUUUACACACGGACCUUUUGAAGUUCACGUAAAACCAAUUCUGGGGCGUAGUUUCCGUUUCUUCUCUGAUUCAUCAGGAGAUCACACUUCUGAGAUUGUUUUAAAGUUAUAUGGUUUCAAAAAUGUCCUCUAAAAUGGUGGGCUCAAACAACCUGGCACAUGCUAGGAGGAUGGUACAGCAACUUAGAGUCGAGGCCAGUAUUGAGAGGAUAAAGGUAUCCAAGGCCUCUGCUGACCUCAUGCGUUACUGUGGAGAAAACGCCAAAUAUGACCCCCUGCUCAUGGGCAUUCCUGCCUCAGAAAACCCCUUCAAGGACAAAAAGCCCUGCAUUAUAUUGUAGUGUAACAAGCACUAAUCUUAUUUAAUUACUUCUACUCAACUUUGCCUUAAGUCCAACUCUAGCUCCUUAGUAUAACUUUGUGCCAUGUCUUAACUGUGUUUAGCUCUUACAGUAUUUAUUACUGUAAAUAAACUCCAAUCAGUACUAAUUAAUUGCCAUUUUGGUAAUGAUUAGCAUUGCAUCUCAUCUUUACCAGCAUCACUUGUCUACUGUUUGGUUGUUUGGGCCAAACUGAAGUCAUUCCGGGAAAUUAUCCUAUAAAUCAAGCUGUUUAGAAGUUUUAAAACAGUCUUAAGUUCCUUUUUCCACUGAAUGAUGCCUUAGUUACACUUUGUGCUUGAAAUAGGGACGUAGCACAUCACAUUAUGAUAUGCUUGCAAUUACAUUACCUGAUUAAAUCUCACUUAACAUUUUGUUUAGAUUU